AUGGCGCCGCGCAAAGCUCGCAAAGCGCGCAAGGUGCGGGAGGCGAGGUGCGCGACCUCGCCCGGAGAGCGGAUAUCGUACGCGAGCCUGCAGCCGCUGCGGACGCUGCACGAGCGAUACCUUGCGCAUGUCUUGCAGCUUCCCACCUGGGACCCUAAUGCGACAUCAGGGGCUACUACCCUACCCGUGGCCGCCGAGCCGAUGCAGGGCAAGCUCCUGAAAGCCGAUUUCACUGGCGCCGUCGUAUCCGUGCUCGCGUCGAAGAAUCUGUCUCUGACGGGGAUAAAGGGCACGGUCCUCGAGGAGACGAGCGGGACGCUGCGGCUAGCCUGCUCUGACGACCGCGUCCGCGUCGUGCCAAAGCAAGGCGCGCAGUUCCGUCUCCUCUUCCCCGCCUAUGCUUUUCCAGCCGAUCCGACACGGGAAGCAGAGGACGACGCGGCCCAUCUGGCGCGGUUCCACGCCGACUGUCCCCGCAUCGAGGUCGAGAUCAUGGGUUCGGCGUUCGCGUACCGCAGCGGAGACAGGGCGGGGAGGAAGUUCCGCCCGGCGCAGGGCAAGAACGGAGCAGGCUGGGGAGAGGAAUGGGUCAAGGGCGAGUGGGGCCAGAUUCUGGGAGAACUGGGCGUGGACGAGGGGACGCAGACGCUGAGGAGGCGCAAGAGGAAUAAGAGCAGGAGGAAGGACCCGCUCGUCGGCGGCAGCUUGCAGGUGUUCUAG